AGAUGGGGAGACGGUACCGCUGGCUGCCGCUGCUGGCCGCCGCCGUGGCGGUUCAGCUCAGCGUCGCCGCCGCGCAAGGAGGGUUCGGCGAGCGGCCGACCUCCGCUCGCCGGUAUCCCUCCAAGGUGAACCGCGGCGGCAGCAAGGUGUUCCGACCCGGAGCGAGUUCCAGUCGCUACCGCGGCGGCUGCGACGAGAUGCCCGAUACGCCCAUGUCGGCCGUGCUGCAGUGUUCCACCUUCAGCGGCUGUCGGGCCACCUGUAUGGAUGGACACCAGUUCCCAAACGGCGAGAGUAUGAUCCAGAUCCGCUGCACGGGGGGCGUCUGGAGGCCCCAGCCGCCGUAUCAGGAGAUACCCAACUGCGCGCCGGUUUGCCAGCCGGAGUGUCAGAACGGCGGCGUGUGUAUUGGACCCAACGUGUGCCAGUGCCAGACGGGCUUCAGCGGGCCGACCUGCGAGGAGCGGCUGGAGCAGUGUAACGAGCCCAGACCCACCAUCUACAACGCGCGUCUGCGCUGCAGCGACACUCGUUGCUCGGUGGUUUGUAUGAAGGGCCAUGAGACUGCCGAUCACCGGACCACGUUCGAGAUCCAGUGCACUGAGGAGCUGGGCUGGACGGCGGUGGACAGCGCCAGUGACCCGAUCCCCAGCUGCCAGCCUAUUUGUCGACCCAAGUGCCAGAAUGGCGGCAAAUGCAUAUCUUUCAACUUGUGCCAGUGCCCGAAGCAGUAUCGCGGUCCGUCUUGCCAGUGGUCCGUGGAGAACUGCAACCCGAAGACGCAGCUCAACUUUAACGGCGCGUACAACUGCUCUGGGCGCGGCGACCAGUUCGGGUGCCAGCUGUCCUGUCCAGAGGGACUCGAGUUCAGCUCCCCGCCGGCGGCCAUCUACCAGUGUGACUACAGCACGGGCCAGUACAGCCCGCUGCCGAUCCCGCAGUGUCAGGGAGAAUACGAGGUGAUUCCGCCAACCACGGCGACUUUUCCAACCCGGGAGACGGACCCUGAGCCGAGGGAAUGCGCUCUCUGGUCCGGAAAGCACGUGAAGACGUUUGACGGUCAAGUAUACAGUUUCACUGGCGGUUGCGACUUCACGGCCGUGCGUGACGCGGUGACGUCCCUGUUUCGUGUGUCGGUGGUGCGCGGCUGCCAGCGUCCCGACUGCGGCUGGAACCUGCGACUCACCGUGGACCGUACCGUGCUGCUGCUGGCGGCUGGUGAUGACGGCAGCGUCACCGUCACCGCGGAGCAGGGCCUGUACUCGGGCCAGCCGACUGCCGUCACGGUGCCCUCCGAGGUGGACGGGCUGGUGCUGGAAAAGGAGAGCGGCAAAACGGUCAUCGUGCGCGCCAGCAGCAUCGGGCUCACCGUGCGCUACUCAAAGGAUAUGAUAGUGCUGCAUGCCGAGUCGUCUCUGUGGUCCACUGUGCAAGGUCUGUGUGGCAACCUGGACGGCAACAGCUUCAACGACAUACUGUCGGACGGUCUGCGCGGCACGCUGGACUACUACUCCAACCUCGAGCUGUGUCCCGCCGGCCCCGUCUCCCUGGAUCUCACGUGCAGCGGCGCCGCCGAGCGUCAGGCGCGCGCAGCCUGCUCCCAGGCGCUGCAGCUCGCCGAUGUGUUUCUGCCGUGCCAGGAGAAUGUGGGCGUGGAGUACUUCCUGCGGGCCUGUAUGGCCGAGUACUGUCACAGCCUGUCCCAGGCGAGCUCGGCCCCGGGAGGCUACUCGACGGGCGGCGCGAGCGCAGCCAUCUGCUCCACGGUGGCCGCUUUUGCCGCCGAGUGCGAGCGCGUGACGUCACGCCAGCUCAGCUGGAGGUCGGAGGAGUUCUGUCCGCUGCCCUGUCCGGCCGGUCAGAUAUUCAGCGCGUGCGGUGUGCCGGCGGCCGGCCGGUGCGGCGCCUCCGUCUCCGACUCGUGGCUCUGUGAGGAGGGCUGCGCCUGCCCGGAGGGUCUGCUGAUGGACGGCGACCAGUGCGUGCCGGCUGAACAGUGCUCCUGCCGCCACAACGGCGUCCGAUACCAGGCCGGCGAUACCGUCCAGCAGGACUGCAACACUUGUGUCUGCACAUCUGGCGAGUGGAGCUGUACCGAGCUGGCCUGUCCGUCCCAGUGCGUGGUAGCCGGCGACCCGCACUACCUCACCUUCGACGGACUCCGCUACGACUUCCAGGGCAAAUGCAGCUACUACCUGGUGCAGUCGGACCGGUUCAGCAUCCAGGCAGAGAACGUCCCAUGCUCGGGAGCCAUCUCAGAGAAACUCAACUACCACCCCUCGACGCUGCCCGGCGAGCCGUCCUGCACCAAGUCGGUACGGCUCGAGUACGAGGGCGUCACCGUCGACCUAAAGCAGAACCUGCAGGUGCUCAUCAACGGAGAGACGCCGCCCAUGAUACCGUGGUGGGUGGACGGCGUCUACAUCAAGUACGCCUCAUCGCUGUAUAUCUCAGUGACGCUGCCGAACGGCUUGGAGGUUUGGUGGGACGGGGAGACGCGUGCCAUCGUCCACGCGCCGGCCCAGCUCGGUGACAACAUCCGCGGCCUGUGUGGCAACAACAACGGCAACCAGCGAGACGAUUUCGAGACGCCAGAGGGAGACAUCGAAAUGAGUCCGAUUGCGUUUGCGUCCAAGUGGAAGGUGGAUGAGACCUGUGACGAUAAGACGGAGCCCCACGGCCACCCGUGUGAGGUCUACUCAGAAAAAUACGGCGAGGCGUCGCGCUACUGCGACAACCUCAUCUCGCUGCCCGUCUUCCAAAAGUGUCACUCUGUGGUCGACCCGGCGCCGUACGUCAAGAACUGCGAGUACGAUCUGUGCAGCUGCCGGGCCGAGCUGGCCGACUGCUACUGUGUCCACCUGGCAGACUACGCGGACGCGUGUGCCGCGCGCGGCGUGGAACUCCUGUGGCGAGCCGAGGUCGGCCUGUGCGGGAAGGGUUGUCCGUUCGGCCAGGAGUAUCAGGUAUGCGGCGACUCGUGCGGCCACACCUGUUUCGACCUGGCCACGGCCAGCGAGUGUGAGCGCCGCUGCGUGGACGGCUGCCAGUGUCCCAAGGACCAGGCGCUGGACGCCGACGGCCGUUGCGCUCCCAUCAGCAGCUGUCCGUGCGUGUACCAGAACAAGGAGUACCGGCCGGGCCACCGGCGCUACCAGGGCGCCGGCGCCUCGCUGCAGCAGUGCGAGUGCGUCAACGCUCGCUGGCAAUGCGAGCUCUCCAAAACUGAGAAGCUGACGGACAACUCUGGCAAGUGUAACGCCACGGCGCACAUGCUGUAUGUGGACUGUCUGCCGGACCAUCCCGUCACCUGCAAGAGUCGGCACAGCUCGCGCGCCGAGACUUCCAAGUCGCUGUACCAGGUGUGUGAGUCGGGCUGUGUGUGCGCCGACGGCUACGUGCUGGACGCCAGCUCGGGCCAGUGCGUCACCGCCGACCAGUGUCCGUGCCACCACGGCGGCAGGGCGUACGCGCACGGCUCCACCUUCGGCACCGAGUGCAGGUCAUGCACGUGCGAGAGCGGUAUGUGGACCUGCGAGGAGCAGGCCUGUGACGGCGUCUGCACCGCCUGGGGCAACUCACACUACGAGACCUUUGACGGCCGGAUCUACGACAUCGAGGGCGACUGCCAGUACCUGCUGGCCAGGGGCAAAGAGACCAGCAAGGACCAGUUCGAGGUCGUCGUCACGAACGUUCCCUGUGGAGCCGGCAGUACCUGUCCGAAGGCGGUGCUGGUCCGUGUCGGACACGGCACCACCCAGGAGGAGAUCGCUCUGGAGGCCGACAAGCCACUCCCCACCGCCUUUGAACUCACUCGCCUGUCGGUUCGCCAAGCGGGGGCGUUCGCCUUCGUGGAGGCACCGAACCUGGGUCUGGUGGUUCAAUGGGACUACGGCACCAGGAUUUACAUCCGACUAUCAUCCCAGUGGAAGGGCAAGAUGCAAGGCCUUUGCGGCAACUUUGACGGGAACCCCGGCAAUGACUUCCGCGGUCCGUCCGGACUUCUGGAGAACACGGCAGUGCAGUUCGCCGAGCAGUACAAGCUGCAGCCCUACUGUCCGACCACGCAGCCCAUAGUGGACUCGUGUAAGCUGCACCCGGAGCGGCGACUGUUCGCGGUGCGCCGCUGUGCCGCGCUCAAGUCGGCCGUCUUUGGUGACUGCCACACCGAGCUGGACGUGGAGCCGUUCUUCGAGCGCUGCGUGCAGGACACGUGCGCCUGCACGGGCGGCGGCGACUGCGAGUGCCUCUGCACGGCCGUGGCCGCCUACGGCCAGGCGUGCAGCCGGAAGGGCGUGCACGUCCGCUGGCGCUCCAACGACCUCUGCCCGAUGCAGUGCGACACCGAGUGCUCCCAGUAUAGUCCGUGCGUCAGCGCCUGCCCGCCCAAGACGUGCGAGAACCGCUACAUCUACGAGGACAUCACCGGCAUGUGCGCCGACGACACCUGCGUUGAAGGCUGCCAGCCGAAGCCGUGCCCGCCGGGUCAGGUGUACCAUAACGGCACGCUCGACUCCUGUGUCAAGGAAAACGACUGCAAGACCAAGUGCGCGGUGAUUGGCGGGCGUCAGCUCUACGAGGGUGACGUCAUCACCCGGGACGACUGCCACGUCUGUUACUGCACCCGAGGCCAGCAGAAGUGCCGCGGCAGCCCGUGUCCCGUGGUGGUGACUUCGGAGCCUCCGCCGACCGAGGAACCGCCGGCGGCGCCGUCUCCGACCAAGCUGGGCACGUGCCGGGAGGGAUGGAGUACCUGGGUGAACCGCAACAAGCCGAUGGCCUACACCCGGCCGAGAGACGUGGAGCGCAUCCCCACCUUCAUCGAGCCGGUGGACAAGGCUGACGCUCUGCAGGCUCUGGUGAUCCUUGUGCCGGGCUCGAGCAGUAGUGUGAGCGGUAACAUCACCUUCGUCCAGAAGUCGGCCGACCAACCGCUGCAGAUCGCAGGUGAGGUGGAGGGUCUGACUCCGGGCAGUCACGGCUUCCACAUCCACGAGACGGGCAGCACAGCCGACCAGUGCCGCGCCGCCGGCGGCCACUUCAACCCGCUCGGCCUGCCGCAUGGCAGUCCCGACUCGGCCGCCCGGCACAUCGGCGACCUGGGCAACAUUGUGGCCGACAGCUUCGGCCGCGCACAAGUCAGAAUCAGCUUACCGCCCGGGAAAAUCGGCCUGUUCGGCGACCAGAGCGUGCUGGGCCUGGCACUGGUGGUGCACGCAGGAGAGGACGACUUGGGUCGGGGUGCGCCCGGCUCCGGCACCGAGCUCACCGGCAACGCCGGGCCGCGACUCGCCUGUGGCGUCAUCAGGAGAGCGUACGACGUCAGCUCGGGCGUCGGAUUCUGCGCGGAUAACCAGGUGACGGACGUGCGGUGUCGCACCGCCGGCACCCACCUGCUACCGGUCGAGACGGGCGAGCGGGUGCGCUGCUCCGUCUCUGAGGGACUAGUCUGCGACUCGGACUUUGUCUGUCAGGACUACGAGCUGCAGGUCCUCUGCGACUGCUCUAUCCAGGCAACGGAAGAGCCUCCUCCCGUGAGCACCACGCCGGCGCCGACCCGGCCACCCAGCGAGUGUGCCGACGGCUGGACUGAGUGGAUGAGCGGCCACACGCCCAGCGCCGGUGACUGGACGGACACUGAGGAUGCGCGACAGCUGCGAGAGUCACACUCGUUCUGCGAGGACCGCUUCAUUACUGCGAUUGAGUGCCGCACCAGGCUGGGAAAACAGGACGUGGAGAACACGGGCACCGGCGCUAUCUGCAACCUCAACGCCGGCCUGGUGUGCUCAGACGCCCUCGGAUAUUGUCCGGAUUUCGAGGUGCGGUUCUUCUGUAACUGCGACCACGUGAAGCCGCCGUCAGUGGUGCCCCCGGUGGCCGACGAGAAGUGCUCGCCAGUGGGCGCCAUGUCCCCGCACCUGAGUGACUGCCACAAGUUCCUGCAGUGCGGCGCCAACGGAAAACAGGUGGAGAUGAGCUGCAGCUCGGACCUGAUGUUCCACCCGGGCACCGGCACCUGCGACUGGCCAGCGGAGGUGAUCGCCGUGCGGCCAGAGUGCGACGAGGACCACGGACGCUCCAUCAGCAGCACACCGCCGCCGGGUGAACACUGUGACGAGAUUCACCCUGUGCGCGCCCACCCAACCGACUGCCACGCCUACUUCCAGUGUAUCCGGGUAGCCACCGGCGAGCUGACAGAGAUCAUGCAGUCUUGCGGCAAGCACAUGAUGUACAACCCCAAGACGAUGACGUGCGACUCCGUGGCUAACGUUCGGGCGCUGCGCGAAGAGUGCGCCGCCGCUCCCCCGGUGGUUUGCCCACCAAACGAGGUGUACGAUGACUGCAAGAUCCGCUGCGACCAGCUCUGCCACUACUUCGAAGGCUUCCUCGAGGCACAAGGAUUCUGCAAGGUGAAGGACGCCUGUAAGCCGGGCUGCCGGCUGGCCGGGCUCGGCUACCGCGGCUGCCCGGCCGGCUACGUCUGGAUGGACGACGAGCGCUGCGUGCGCACCUCCGAGUGCAACUGCCGGCUGCCCAACGGAAAACCGCUCGGCCCGGGCCAGGUGCAGACGGCAGAGGACGGCUGCACUCAGAUGCAGUGCGUCGAUAACUCGGUGGUGUACGACUCCAGCGGCUGUCAGCCGACCACACCGGCGCCGCCGCCAAACUGCGACCUCUGGGGCGAUUGGAUCGACAGCACCAACCCGACGGUCGGUGACUACGAGGCCGAGAUGCUGCCCUGGUGGGAGAGCUUCUGCGACGAGGGUUACCUGAAGGAGAUCGAGUGCCAGGUGGCCGACACGGGCGCGCCGUACGACACCACGCCCGACGUCGGUGUCACGUGCAACAUAAACAGCGGCCUGGCGUGCAACAACAAGGCGCAGCCGGACGGGCGCUGUCACAACUACCGCAUCCGCUACUACUGCUCCUGUGGAGUGGACCCGUCUAUUACUACGCCAGCGCCCGAGACGACGCCUACUCCGACCGAGGCCACGACGCCAACCUACCCGACCAUCGUACCUCCCGAGGAUUGUGAUGUGAAACGGUUCAUUCCGCUGGUGUACGGAGAGGAGCCGCUGUCCGACUCCAGUUUCACAGCGUCGAGUUCAGCCUCUCCAGAGGCGGCGCCGGCCUUCUCCAAGAUCCUGGGCCAGUUCCAGGACGCGCGCCGCUCGUGGAUGCCGGCCGAGGACAACCAGCGACAGUAUCUGCAGGUCGACCUGGGCUCACCAGAGCCCGUCUACGCCGUCAAGGUGGUCGGCAACCCGGCGCUGAAGGCGGCCGUCGUCAAAUUCGAGCUUUGGAUCAGCGACGACGGCGAGGACUUCCAGCCGCUCACCAACCAACGAGGACUGCCGCAGGGUCUGAAGUCGAUCAGCGCGCUGACGGAUCCCCAGCCGGUCAUUCUGCCCACGCCGGUGACGGCUCGCUACGUCCGCGUGGUGCCCAAAACGUGGCAGACACGCAUCGCCCUCAAACUGGAGGUGUUCGGCUGCAGCGAAACCACGGAGACUCCGACUCCGACACCUACUCCCACCGUUAUCGUCACCACUGUGGAGCCGCCGCCGCACUGCGACGAGCAACAGUUCAUCUCGCUGUUGUACGGCGACGACCCGCUGCCAGACUCGAGUUUCUCCGCCUCCAGUGUCGUGGGACCGGCCAUGGCGGCCAAAUACGUCAAAAUCAAGGGAUCGGCCGACGACAAGGUGCGCUCGUGGACGCCCAGCAACAACGACCAAAACCAGUACCUCCAGGUAGACCUGGGCGCCGUCCAGCCCGUGUACGCCGUCACGGUGAUGGGAAACAAGGCCAUCGCCUCUACCGUCACAGAGUUCGAGGUGCUCUACAGUGACGACGGAACCAUCUACAGCUACGCCGUCAACCAGAUGGGACAGCGAGCGUCUCUCCGUGCUGUGGAGCCGCUGAGCAGUGCGCCGGGCAGGAUCAUCCUCCCUGUGCCAUUCGAGGGCCGAUACGUUCGUAUCCACCCGACCGACUGGACGACGCGCAUCACCCUGAAAUUGGAGAUAUUCGGCUGCAGCGAGGCCACGCCCACCGAGAUUUCCACCACGCCCACGCCGCCGCCGCGCUGCCUCGAGGAGAUGGGACUCGAGAACGGCCUGCUGGAUGACUCACUCAUCACGGUGUCGUCGGAACUGUCCCCAGAGCACGGCGCGUCUGCUGUGAGGCCUGGAGGCGCCGGCUGGAUCCCCAAACAAUCCAACAACAAACAGUACAUCCGGGUGGACCUGACCGACGAGCGCACGAUAGACGGCCUGAUCACCACGGGAGUGUUGGUCAAGGGCCAGCCGGUGCCCGGCUACCCGGGCCAGUUCGAGCCCGACGAGACGCGCUCCAUCGGCUCGUACCGCGUGCGCUACUCACAAGACGGUGUCAACUGGAUCUGGGUGUACAACAAGAGCGGACGCGUCAAAGUGUUCCCGGGACACUCCGAGAGGACGGCGCUGUCUCCGAUGCAGAAUGUGUUCGAGCAGCCCCUACACGCCCGGUUCGUGGAGAUCGCGCCGGAGACGUGGCCAGAGGACGGCAUCGGCGCCACGGUCGAGGUGCUCGGCUGCUACCACCCGUACCCUGUUGUGACGACCACGACGACCACGGAGGCGCCGGACGUACCGUGUCAGCUGUGUCCCGGCGUGCCGGCCACGGCUCACGAGGGCUGCGAGGAGUGCGGCCCCGAGCGGUACUGGAACGGUACCGGCUGUAUCGCCGGCACAGCGCUCUGUCCAUGCUUCUACAACGGACGGGCGUACGAGGUGGGCUCGCUGUUCGACCUCUCCAACUGCCAGGAGUGCGUCUGUGGGCUGGGAGGCGAGCGCACCUGCGACCGCAAGGACUGUCCGCUGUGCGGCGGGAACCUGGUCUCCCAGCUGUCCGAGAGCUGCGACUGCCAGUGCAAUCCUUGCCCCGAUGGCACCCGCAUCUGUCUGACGAGCCGCACCUGUCUGGAGGAGGAGAAGUGGUGCGACGGCGUCAAACAGUGUCCCGACGACGAGGGCGACGAGUGUGACGAGACCACGGCCACCACCACCACCACCACCACGACGCCGGCGCCGCUGCUGCCGCAGUACUGCACGCUCAAGGGCAACACCUUCAACACGUUCGACAGCGUUGAGUUCAAGUACCAGAUCUGCCACCACACGCUGGCAAAGCGCGAGGGCAUUUUCGACGUCACUGUCCACCGCGUGUGCAACUCCGAGUGCCACCGCGAGGUACGCGUCACCAGUCUGGGAGAGGAGGUGACGCUGGUGCCCAACGUGGGGGUCCAGUACGGCGGCUUCUCCUACGACCUGACGCAGGCCAAGUCGGUGCGCUCCAAGCUGGACGCGUUCGAGAUCAGCGUGACGCCCGGCGGCAGCAUCCUCUUUAACGCGCCGCAGGUCGGAUUCGCCGUCAUCGUCAACAACAUCGGCAACGUUGUCGUCGGCCUGAAUAACAAGCACGCCGGGGACGUGGAGGGCCUAUGCGGUGACUUUGACGGUAACCGGUACAACGACAAACACAAGCCGGACGGCACGCUGGCCGUCUCCACAGCCGAGUUCGGCGACAGCUGGGCCCUGCCGGGCGAACAGGAGACCUGCGAGCCGCCGGAGAAGUGUCAGCACACACAGCAGGCCUUCUCCAUCUGCCAGAAAAUCAGGCAGGAGCCGUUCUCGCGGUGCCACAUGGCCGUGCAGCCCGACUCGUUCAUCUCGUCCUGUCUGGAGACCACCUGCGACUGCCUGGACGCCGGCAAGGACGCAGACAAGUGCCGCUGCGAGGCGCUCACCACCUACGUGACAGAGUGUCUGAGCCUGGACCCGGCCAUCGAGCUGGACUCGUGGCGUACCAAGCACCAGUGUCCGUCCGACUGUCCGCCGGGAGAGGUAUACCGGGACUGCUACCGGCCGACCUGCGAGCCCAGCUGUAAUCACCUGGAUCCCUGUGACAUCCUGCCCGACAUGUGCUUCAGCGGCUGCUACUGCCCCGACGGACAGGUCCGCAGCAACGGACGCUGUGUCGAGCCCGUCGAGUGCGACGACUGCAAGUGCGCCGUUUACCCCGGCGGCGGCUUUGAGACGUUCGACAAGAAGGAGAUCAUCUUCAAGACGAACUGCUCGUACCAAGCGGCCGGACGCGAUGAGCCAAAUGGAAAAUACAACUUUAAGGUGCUGGUGGACAACGCCAACUGCCACACCACAUACGACGGCCGCGUGACGUGCACGGAUGACGUCCGGCUCGAGUGGGCCUCGAACGUCAUCUUGCUGCAGCGCGCCGGCGAUCUGGUGGAGGUAUUUGUGAACGGCGCCAUGGUGGAGGGCUUCUACCACGAGUACGGCUGGGGCUCGGUGUCGCAGCCGCCGCAGAGCGCCGUGCUGGUCACCGUGCCGGCCCUGCACCUCGAGGUCAGCCUGCACCCCGUCUCGGGCGAGCUCUCCAUCCAGCUGCCCUCGAAGAUCUACGGCGGCAGUGUGGGCGGCGUCUGCGGUAACUGUAACGGCAGCCCGGAGGACGAGGAGUCGCGCUCGCCGGCGUUCUGGCUGCUGGACCACGAGCGGCCUGACCAGUGUGUGUCCGAGAAGCCGCCGUGCGUGCCGCCGCCGGCCGACCAGGACCCGUGCCAGGCGCUGCUCGAUGAGACCGUGUUCGGCGCGUGCCACCAGCUCCAGGACCCGGCACCGCUGGUCGCCGCCUGCCAGAGACGCCUCUGCGACGACGUCACCCACGACGUGUGUGACGAGUUGGAGCAGUACGCGCGCCGCUGCUACGAGAGCGGCCUGUGCCUGGCGUGGCGCUCGGACGAGCUGUGCGGCCGGGAGGACGCGUGCCCACCCACCACCGAGUACCGCCAGUGCACCGGCACCUGUCUCAAGAGCUGCGACAAACAGGACUGCCCGCGCCUCGAGAUGGACGGCUGUUUCUGCCCCGACGGACAGGUUUACGAGAACGACGUGUGUGUGAGUGCUGCCCGGUGCCAGUUCUGCGACGACGAGGGACACCGCGCCGGCGACACCUGGAAGCCCGACAACUGCACCAGCUGCGAGUGUCAGGAGGGCGGCCUCGCGCGCUGCACACAGGCCGACUGCCCGGACUCUGCCAGUCUCGAGUGCGGCGCUGACGAGGUGGUCACCGAACUGGAGGGUACCGGUACAGAGUGCUGCCCGCCGCGGUACGUAUGUCGUCCGGCGCCCACCACCACCACCACCGAGCCGCCCGUGCACUGCCCGGACGUGGUGGAGCCCACCUGUAACGCCGCGGAGGGCAAGCGCGUGGAGCGUCUGACCGUCAACGGGUGUCCAGUGGCCGUCUGCGAGUGUGUGCCCGAGAAGGAGUGUCCGGAGCGGCUGCAGCUGCGCCCCCUCAACGCCGGCGAGAGCUACCGCAACCGCACCGACACCUGCUGUCCGCUGGAGGAGAUCGUCUGCAACAAGACGGCGUGUCCGGCGCCGCCGCAGUGUCCCGACGGCUUCCUGCUGCACACGAACCCUGAGACGGUGGCCGACUGCUGCCCGCACACCUUCUGCCGCCAGCCGCCCGACACCUGUCUGGUGCGGCUCGACGUCGAUAUCGACAUUCGCACCAUCACCGCCGACUCCGACGAGGGCUUUGUGCUGAAGCGCGCCGGCGAGGUGUGGACGGACGGCUUCUGUGACAACUGCACGUGCCGCGAGGUGCCCGGCGGCGACCCGCCCUACCAGCCGGUCUGCGUGCGCGUGGCGUGUCAGCUGCCGUCAGAGGCCGACGAGCAGGAGUAUGUGUACGAGGAGAACGAGGACAGCGCCGACCUCUGCUGCCCGGAGCUGGAGCGAACCGCCUGCAGGGAUAAUGGCAAGGUGUACCAGCCGGGCAAUUCGUGGCAGCCGUCGAUCGGGGGCCGGCCCGUGGACCCGUGCGUCACCUGGACCUGUGAGAACGAUCCCAAACACGGCGUCAUCAAGGUCUCCAACCGCGAGAAGUGCGCCAAGGAGUGCCGACUGGGUCACACGUACGUGGCGCCGGCGCCUGGCUCGGACCAGUGCUGCGGCGAGUGUGAGCGCACUGCCUGCGUGGUCGGCGGCGUGGUGCACGCCGAGGGCGAGAUCUGGAAGUCGGAGGACGGCUGCACAGAGUUCACGUGCGAGCGCGACUUCUUCGACGGCCAGCUGACGGUGAUGAGCAUGGCGGCGCUGUGCCGCGACGUCAGCGACUGUCCGCCCGAGAACCUCUACACGGACGAGACGGGAUGCUGCCAGCGCUGCAACCGCACCGACAACUGUCACGUGAAGGUGGUGCCACCACCCGAGACGGUCGGCAUGUUCAAACAGGGCGAGUGCGUCAACACCGAGCCGGUGGUCGGCAUCAUCAACUGCAAGGGCGCCUGCGACUCCAUGGCCUUCUUCGACACCGACACGUCCACCAUCCAGUCGGGCUGCAAGUGCUGCGGCGCCACAGGCACUCGCCAGCUGGACGUGCGGCUGACCUGCGAGACCGGCAACAGCAUCUACCACACGUUCACCGUGCCGGACAGCUGCGCCUGCAGCAAGUGCGUCAGCUCCUCCUCGGAGCUCGACUCGCGCUCGGCGGGCGCCUUCUGGCAGCAGAGCACCGGCGAGGACUGGGCGCAGCAGACCGGCCUGCCCGACCCGUGGGGCGCCGGUGACGGCGGCGCCGACCCGUGGGCGACCGGCGGUGACGGCGGCGCCGACCCGUGGGCUACGGACGGCGGCGGCGGUGCCGACCCGUGGGCCACCGGCGGUGCUGACCCGUGGGCGACCGGCGGCGGCGGCGGCGACCCCUGGGCGACCGGCGGCGGGAAGGACGCUGAGUUCGCGCGCCAGCUCGGCCCGGCCGGCAGCGACGAGGUGCUCGACAACGAGCUGCUGUCGCUGCUGGGCGGCGUGACCGACGACGCCGAGGAUAUCGGCACCGGUACCAUCCACUGAGCCGCCGCCCCCCGUUCUGCCGUCACGCAAUGACGGUCUCGUUUUGUGACAUGUAUUUGUAGAUCUAUCGUGAUAAUGCUACGUGGUCGAUAUGGCUUGAUUUAGAUGAGUUGUAUAUUUUUACUAAGCGAUAGCAAUAAUGUUUGUGCCUGUAUAGAAUGUGCCUAUCGAGAGGAGUUCUAGCCAUAAGACGGACGGCGUGAAACAUGUUCAUAGCUAAUAACAUUUUAUAUAGCCGUUGUUUGUUUCCAGCAUGAGUUCUGUGGUCAUGUGUUUCCGGAGUGGUUCGCUUGUGAUCACUAGAAUAUGCUUGGUUUCAAAUUACUGGCAUUUAUGCCGGUAACUAUACAUAAAGGGUGUUCCGUUUUCCUGUUGGUUUUCUUUUUACUGCAAACUGCUGUGCUUGGUCAACAGGGUAUCGAGGCCGAAUAAGAUAUCAAUACAAUAAAUGAAUUUCA